AUGUCAUUCAGUGACGAUGACAUGUUCAUCGACGAUGGGGAACUCUCUGUGGCAUACUCAUCUGACGCCAAUUCAGAGCCCGACGUAGACCUUGAAAACCAAUACUAUAACGCCAAGUCUCGCAAGGACGACAAUCCUGACUUCGCUGUCGAGGAGUUCAAGAAAGUUUUAGCCAUCGAAGCCGAGAGCGGGACGAAGGGUGACUGGGGUUUUCGGGCCUUGAAGCAGAUGAUCAAGAUUAAGUUCCGCUUAGGUAAAUUCGACGAAAUGAUGGAAGAUUACAGAACUCUUCUCACUUAUAUCAAAUCUGCAGUGACACGCAACAAUUCUGAAAAGUCUAUUAACUCCAUCCUCGACUAUGUUUCCACUUCGAGACAGAUGGAUUUACUUCAGAACGUUUACACCACAACAUUAAAUGCUCUAAAGAAGGCAAAAAACGAACGCCUAUGGUUUAAAACCAACACAAAACUGGGCAAACUAUAUCUCGAACAAGGUGAUUUCCUUCAGCUCCAGCACAUCAUCAGAGAGUUGCGUGAGUCUUGCCAAACAGUUGAGGGGGAAGACGAUCUGAAGAAGGGGACCCAACUGCUAGAGAUUUAUGCUCUUGAGAUUCAAAUGUAUACUGCGCAAAAAAACAACAAGAAACUGAAAGCCCUCUAUGAACAGUCGUUGCACAUCAAGUCUGCAAUUCCCCACCCACUAAUAAUGGGUAUUAUCCGUGAGUGUGGUGGCAAGAUGCAUCUCAGGGUUGGUGAGUACGAACGUGCCCACACGGAUUUCUUCGAGGCCUUUAAGAACUACGACGAGUCGGGGUCUCCUCGUCGGACACAGUGUCUCAAAUACCUUGUUUUGGCCAGUAUGUUGGCGAAAUCCGAAAUUAACCCAUUUGAUUCUCAGGAAACAAAGCCUUACAAAAACGAUCCCCAGAUUGUUGCCGUCACUAGCCUGGUGACUGCUUACCAGAACAACGAUAUCAACGAAUUCGAGGCCAUUCUUCGUGAACAGCGUCAGUCAAUAAUGGACGAUUCUUUCAUAAGAGAACACAUAGAGGAUCUCCUACGAAAUAUCCGCACUGAGGUCCUCGUAAAGUUGUUGCGUCCUUACACACGAAUCCGCUUACCUUUUAUAUCACAGCAAUUAAACUUAGACCAGCGAGAGGUGGAGUCGCUACUGGUGGCUUGCAUAAUGGACGGCACCAUUGCUGGACGAAUUGACCAAGCCCAACAGAUCCUCCUCCUCUCCGCGGACCAGUCUGCCUCGGAAGCCCGUUAUCAAUCCCUCGACAAACUCGCCGCGCGCCUGAACUCUCUGCAAAAUGCCAUCGCUAACAGAUUUGUGGUCCCUGGACAAUGA